ACCACAUUGAUGAAAAUGUUUAAAAUUGUAACUUAGAAAAGGUACAUUGUACUGCAAAUGGUUAAGAAACCAUAUAAAUAAAAUUGAUUAAUGUUAUCACAAAUCAUCUGGUAAAAAGCCUAGUAAUGUUCUUUUGAAUUUGAGUUUGGUUAAUAGUUUACGAGUGUUUGGAAAGGAUGACAUUGCAGGUCGGUAAUAUAAAAUUUUUUUGGUGGGUUCUCUUUAACUUUUUAGCUUUUGAGGGGACGUUAUGGUAAAUAUGAUUCGACCGAAGUAAUACCAUAAAUUACACAAUCGGGACGUGGGAACCAGUUUUUGGAACUCUCUGGAACUCUCCCGACUUUAUCCACAGCCACGCAUAAAUUGCGGUCAUUUUCUUCACCCGUACUUGAGAAAACUCUUUCAACAGUUAAUUUUCGUAUAAUUGUAGUUGUAAUCCACCCCGGAAAUCGGAAAUAUGUCAAUGAUUCCAAGCUUUUUCGGCCGGAGAUCCAACGUUUACGAUCCAUUUUCCAUGGAUGUAUGGGACCCAUUUGAAGGCUGGCCGUUCAACGCCGUCACCGGCGGCCGCGCUAACUUCCCCUCAUCGUCCUCCGCGACGGCGUCGUUUGCCCAGGCGAAUAUCGACUGGAAGGAGACUCCAAAAGCGCACGUGUUCAAGGCCGACGUCCCGGGGCUGAGGAAGGAAGAAGUGAAGGUGGAGGUGGAAGACGACCGGAUCCUGCAGAUCAGCGGGGAGAGGAAGCGGGAAAUCGAGGACAAAGGCGACACCUGGCACCGCGUGGAGAGGAGCAGCGGCAAAUUCUUGCGGAGGUUCAGGCUGCCGGAAAAUGCCAAGGUCGAUCAAGUCAAGGCAUCCAUGGAGGAGGGGGUGUUGACUAUUACUGUUCCCAAAGAAGAGAUCAAGAGGCGAGAUGUGAAGUCCAUUGAAAUUUCUGGUUAGAUUAGAAGAAGAACAAGUCCUUUUUGAUUCUUGACUUUUGGACAUCUUUAUUGUACUAUUACUCCCCUCACUUUUUUUUUUUUUUUGGAGUAAACUUUCUUUCUUUCUUUGUUGUUUCACUGGUGGUUAUGAUAUUGUAACUUCUACCUAAUUUCAUCUCUUCAUUUUGUCACAUUCUUUUCCUGGCCAAUCACAUUAUUUUGUUAAGGAUAUUUCAUUUGGUGUCACCCGAUAUAAUUAUC